CGCAGAUAAUUAAUUUUCUUCAAUCAGAGAUUUUGAAACCCUAAUCCGAUUUCCAGAUCCAACAAGCUCUGCUCAUUUCUCAGCUUGUAGCAUUUGCGAAGUAUGGGAGACGCUAGAGACAACGAAGCCUACGAGGAGGAGCUUUUGGACUAUGAAGAAGAAGACGAGAAGGUCCCAGAUUCAGGAAAUAAAGUUAACGGCGAAGCCGUGAAAAAAGGUUACGUGGGAAUACACAGUUCUGGAUUCAGAGACUUCCUCCUAAAACCGGAGCUUCUCCGAGCUAUCGUUGACUCAGGAUUUGAACAUCCAUCUGAAGUUCAACAUGAAUGUAUCCCUCAAGCUAUCUUGGGCAUGGAUGUUAUUUGCCAAGCAAAAUCUGGUAUGGGGAAGACUGCUGUGUUUGUGCUGUCUACUCUUCAACAGAUUGAACCUUCUCCUGGACAAGUUUCUGCACUUGUCUUGUGCCAUACAAGGGAGCUGGCUUACCAGAUCUGCAAUGAGUUCGUGCGAUUCAGUACCUAUCUGCCUGAUACAAAGGUUUCGGUGUUCUAUGGUGGAGUCAACAUUAAAAUUCACAAAGACUUGUUGAAGAAUGAAUGUCCUCACAUUGUUGUUGGUACACCUGGUCGUGUGCUUGCACUUGCCAGGGACAAAGAUCUCUCUUUGAAAAAUGCGAGGCAUUUUAUUCUUGACGAGUGUGAUAAAAUGCUCGAGUCACUUGACAUGCGGAGGGAUGUGCAGGAGAUUUUCAAGAUGACUCCUCAUGACAAACAAGUAAUGAUGUUCUCAGCAACUCUCAGCAAAGAGAUACGCCCAGUCUGCAAGAAAUUUAUGCAAGAUCCAAUGGAAAUAUAUGUUGAUGAUGAAGCCAAGUUGACUCUUCAUGGACUUGUCCAGCACUACAUCAAACUGAGCGAGAUGGAGAAAAACCGCAAGCUGAAUGACCUUCUUGAUGCGUUGGACUUUAAUCAAGUUGUCAUAUUUGUGAAGAGCGUGAGCAGAGCUGCGGAGCUGAACAAGUUGCUGGUAGAAUGCAAUUUCCCCUCAAUAUGCAUCCACUCUGGCAUGUCUCAAGAAGAGAGGUUGACCCGAUACAAAAGUUUCAAGGAAGGGCACAAGAGGAUCCUUGUGGCCACUGACUUGGUGGGAAGAGGCAUUGACAUUGAGCGUGUCAACAUUGUUAUCAACUAUGACAUGCCAGAUUCUGCUGAUACAUAUCUUCACAGGGUUGGGAGAGCUGGUAGAUUUGGAACCAAGGGUCUUGCUAUUACAUUUGUUGCAUCUUCCUCAGACUCAGAGGUUCUUAAUCAGGUGCAAGAUAGGUUUGAGGUUGAUAUAAAGGAACUCCCUGAGCAGAUUGAUACCUCCACAUAUAUGCCGUCAUAAACAAGUAGCAUCUUCUCUCAGGAAGAACCUCUUCAGAUUUCAACCUUGUAGGGGUCAUGGGGGUUCACAGCUAUCUCUCACUCGUUUGCUGCUGUUGUAGUCUUUUCUAUUGUGGACAAGUUUUUCCAUAUAUCUAGACCAUUUGUAACUCUUUAAAAAUGAGAUUCAGCUACUCUCCAAAGCACGCAGUUCAGAGCUGUCCUGUUUUUUGUACAAGAGAUUGAUAUGUUUUAAAUCUCAGGGUUUAGUGUUAACUUGGUUACUGUUUCGUUGUUUCUUUAAUUAAAAUGCAAAACCAUUCGCAUUGAAUGUUGCUAAGGA